AUGAAUAAUUCGAUUACAAAGGAUAGGAAUGAUAAAAAAGCAAAAAAGAAAUCGAUAGAGGAAUUUUCAGAAAAAAAUCUAGAACACAGCUAUUUCAAGGGCCAUCAAUGUUCUAUACCGAAUGACUACAACAUCAAAUGUGGAAAAUUAAGGAAGUUCAUCCUCUAUUUGACUACAGUACGAAGCGGCGAUAUUCGAGCUCGCCACAUGUACAGAUCUUAUUCAGAAUUGUCCGCGGAAAUACAGAACCAUUACUUAAACCACCCAUUUGCUAUACAUCCGUUUAGCCGAUUACGAGUAGCUAUAGAAAUACUUUCUAUAGUUUUAUUUAUAACUUGCUCCAUCGUAAACGCAAUCUACGCCGCUGGUACCCAAUUUAAUAGUUAUUGCGUAUUUGUGGUGACAGUCUGCGAAGCCCUGUUCUUCGUAAACAUACUUUCAAAUUUUUUUACUGGUUAUGUUGACGGCAAUACGGCUAAGCACGUAGUACUGAACUUGAAUAAAAUAAUUUGGAGGUACGCCAGGAGUUGGCUGAUCAUAGACCUUAUGUAUUUUUUCGGAUGUUUCGUCCCAAACGAAAAAAACGUGCAUGUAGAUUGUACGACAGUACUGGUGAAGGUGCUAAAAUUGCCGACAUUAUUCGAAUACACUUCGAAUUUGAUGAAAAUUAUGGAAUUUAGUGCUAUAACAAAAACCGCAGUGGAGGUGACGUUGCUUAUCAGCAAUUACCUGUGUUGGAACAUUCAGUUUCAAUUCUAUGUCGAGUACGUAAUAGAAGGAACUUAUUUCCCGGACAAUCCUAACCUCUCAUCCUGGAUGACUAUUAGCCACAUGUGGAAUUCUACGUGGACAAGAAGGUUGACCUUAGCAACGAACAGAGCUGUUGGCAUGUUGCGACAAAAUUCGAACUUACAUCUUCUUAAGGAAGGUGGUCGCUUUGAGAAUUUCUUUAUUAUUUCUUGGAUCGUUGGAAAGGUCGUGGUUAUUCAUAGCACUAUAAAAUACAUGAUAAUGCGGUUUGGCCAGGAGUCGGCUAGAGCAAAAUACUUCAUGAUGGCACUGCAAGUGAAGGCAUAUGUGAAUCAACGCAAGUUCCCUGACCGGAUCAAGAAAAAGAUAUUACAAUUCUAUGCAGUGCGAUUUCAAUCGUUUUUCUUUGUGGAAUCUCGCAUGAUGGAUUGCGUGUCAGGGCAACUACGGGAAGACAUUAUCAUGCACUCGGGCAGGCAGCUAGUCAGCCACGUGGCGUUCCUGAAACACCUGCCGCGCUCCCUGCAUCUUCAGAUCGGCACCAAGCUGAAGGUGGUCAUCUUCCUCGCCGGAGACAUCAUCUUCAAGAUCAACACCUUGGGAGAUUGUCUCUAUUUCAUAGAUAAGGGAACGGUGGCGAUAUACUCAGAAUCUGGAAAGGAGAUCGGUCACUUGAAAGACGGAGAUUACUUCGGAGCAAUAGCCUUAGUUAUGAAACACAGGUUUAGGACAACAUCUGUAGUAGCUGUUACUAAUUGUGAGCUAUUUCAACUGGAUAGGAAAGAUUUUGAGUCCACCAUAGCUGUGUUCCCUACAGUGAUUGAGAUGAUGAAGAAAGAAGCUUUGCACAGGCUGGAGAGAGCGACAGUAAUAGAUGAACAUCACAAAGCUGAAUUAAGAAUGGGCAAAGAAAACAGAGAUAGUGAAUAAUGUUUGAACGAGAAAAGACCUUUCACUGGUCGUGUCAUACUUGCGAGUGACUUGUCGAGAUAUGAAGUUCAGUUUGAUUACAUAACAAACACAUAAAAUUGCAUCAGGCUUGUAUCCCCACAGGAGUAGGUGGAGGUGUAUAUUGUUGUACACCCACUUUCGCCAUCUAUGU